AGAACGUCGCAGUUUCAGACUGUGCUGUUUUGCCUUUUUUCCAGGAUGUCGACAGCCUGGCAGCAACAGGUGUUCGCCCUCGACGCCAGAUACAACGCCCACAGGGCCAAAAACCACCCAAACUUUAGGACGUUGUACAUAAGAAGGAGGAAUCAGCUCCUAAGGGAAUUCGGAGGAGGUAAGGAUAGUGCGUUGUGGAAGCAGUACCUCAGACUGCGUGGGAUCCUCUUGCAAAACCGUUAUGGCUCAUCAUUUGAUCAGAUGAGCCUGCGCAGGCUGAGCAUCAACACAAGAGUGAGUCCAGAAAGUACAGCCCAAUUGAGCGAUGUCGACUCAUUCAACAAAGAAGGCGACUUGUCGCCAUGUCGAGACAAGUCACGUGCAUACUCAGGAAGCAAUUUGUUUGAUAAUUACUACUCAUUCGUUAACGUACAUCACAUAUUUGACCAGCACUCGUCUGCAGUCACAAUGGUAAAAUUUGCGAACAAUGAUCGUGCUAGGUUGUGCUGCAUCUCAAACGACUCGACCGUCUCAAUUUGCAAUUUGCUCACUCAACCUCCUACUCUAGAAUGUAUCAUGAAAGGACAUGAAAGAGAAGUGACAGGCUGUGAUUGGUCCUUUGCAAACGAUUUGAUCGUCACGAGCUCCUUAGAUGGGCAAAUAUGCGUGUGGAACACAUCAAAUUACAAAUGUAUUCGCUCAGUUAGAGAUUCCGUACCGACUGAACUGCUUUCAUGCCUCUUCCAUCCAGUCAACAACAAUAUUGUCGUUGCUGGGAACAUAAAAGGCCAAGUGGAGGUUUUGAACAUAUCAACAGGUAUAAAACUGAGAAAUAAUGUCGGCGGCAAAGUGUUAUCUUUAGCAUUUGAUUCAAGCGGUAAUUCACUUUGGGCUGGGAAUGAUUUGGGUUAUAUCAUGUCGUUUUAUUUCAAUGUCAACUCGGGGAAAUUGAAUAAGCACAAGAGAAUCUUUGUCGGUGUCAGUGCUGCUAUAACGAAUAUAAACUGGCGAGCGUGGAUAAGUAGAGAAGCUAGAGAUCCAUCCUUGCUGGUAAAUAUCGCAGCAAAUAUGAUACAGUUGUACAGGGUUACCGAUAAAGGUUUACAGUUGAAAAGGGGUUUCAUUAUCGAGCAUAAAAACCAAAAUAGCCACAUUCGGUCAACAUUCUGCCCUAUAAUGUCUUUCAGGAAGGGCGCCUGCAUUGUUACAGGAAGUGAGGAUUCGUGCGUCCAUUUUUUAGACAUCGGAUGUGAAAGUGUUAUGAAUGCAGCUGUGAACAAGUUGCAAGGACAUUCGAGCCCCGUAUUUGGAGUCAGUUUCAAUUACGAUGAAAGCCUUUUGAGCACAAGCGACCAACAGGGGCUUGUCAUCGUUUGGAAGAGGGAUACAAAGUCACAGAGGGAAUGAGUUAUUUUUUAAAAUAAUUUUUGUACAGCAUUUAUAGAUGAAACAAUAUAUUUUAUUUAUUUUUUAUAAUUAAGAUAAUUUAUUAGAUUGCCAGUCUAUGUACUAUUGUUUUAACAUGUGAUAUUAAUAAAUUAUUUAAACCCUAAUUUUUUUUGUUGCCUUAUAAGUAAAUACUAAUUAUCAAUAGAAUAAAUAAAAACCACUUUCACAGCAGUCAUGAUGUUCAUUAUUGCAAAAAAUACAUUUCUAACAUUUUAAUGUUUUAUUUAUCAGCGUUUGGUAGCCUGAUCACUUAUUUUUAAUGCUUAUAUAUCUUCAGUAUAUUUAGCCACUGCACAACUGAUACCAACAAUAUCAAAGAUGAAGAUCAAACUGCUGAUAAUAGUGUGCUAUUUAGUGAUCGGUUGUUCAAUAAUUUGUUGAAAUAGUGAGGAGCUAUCAGUAAUGAAAUAUUUUAGAAAAAUACCUCCCCCCC